UUUCAGGAUCUGUCGGGCUCCAUCGACGACCUGCCCACUGGUACAGAGGGGGCCCUGAGCCCCGGGGUCAGCACUUCAGGGGUGUCCAGCAGUCAGGGCGAGCAGAGCAACCCUGCCCAGUCGCCUUUCUCUCCACACACUUCACCCCACCUGCCAGGCAUACGUGGGCCCUCCCCCUCGCCUGUGGGUUCCCCUGCCAGUGUCACCCCCUCUCGCACCGGUCCUCUGUCUCCCGCUGCUGUGCCAGGUAAUCAGAUGCCUCCGCGGCCGCCCAGCGUCCAGUCGGACAGCAUCUUGCACUCUUCCAUGAACCAGUCAGCCAUGGGCCAGGACAGGGUGUACAUGCGUAACCCUCAGAUGCCCCCAUACGGGUCCCCUGGACAACCUGGCUCUGCCUUAUCUCCACGUCAGUCUUCGGGAGGCCAGAUGCAUAGUGGGAUGGGACCCUACCCCCAGAACAACUCCAUUGGAAACUACGGGCCUCAGGGGGGCCAAUACGGCCCACAAGGUUACCCUAGACAGCCCGGCUACACAGCGAUGCCCAACGCCAACUACCCCACUGGCCCCGGAAUGGGUGGCUCCAUGAACCCCAUGCCUGGUCAGGCAAGCGGGACUCCUUACGGAAAUAUGCCACCCGGUAGAAUAGUCCCGGGCCAGAUGGGUGCUCGGCCCUACGGUCCUGGAAUGGCCUCUAACAUGGCAGGCAUGCCUCCUCAGGUGGCUUCCGGAAUGUGUCCCCCACCAGGCAUGAACAGGAAGGAUGGUGGCCCCUCCAUGCUCCAUGGGCCCACUAAUUCCAUACACAACAGGCCUCCUGGCUACCCGAACAUGUCCCAGGGCAUGAUGGGAACAGGCUCUCCAUAUGGCCCUGGCAUGAACAGCAUGCACGGUAUGAUGAACCAGGGAGGGCCAGGGCCUUACCCAAUGGGAGCAAACAUAGCCAACAACACCCCUGGAAUGGCUCCCACUCCGGAGUUUGGCAUGGAUAAAAUGAACCCUGCUCAGAAGAUGAACAACAAAGUGGAAGGGACUCCCAAGCCUGAAUCCAAAAAGAAGUCAAGCUCAUCCACCAUCACCAAUGAAAAGAUUACUCGUCUGUAUGAGCUCGGCCCGGAGCCAGAGAGGAAGAUGUGGGUGGACAGAUACCUGGCCUUCGCUGAGGAGAAGGCCAUGGGCAUGAACAACCUGCCCGCUGUGGGACGCAAGCCUCUCGACCUCUUCAGACUCUACGUGUCUGUCAAAGAGAUUGGGGGCCUCACUCAGGUGAACAAAAACAAGAAGUGGAGGGAGCUGGCCACCAACCUGAACGUAGGCACGUCGAGCAGCGCAGCCAGCUCGCUCAAGAAACAGUACAUCCAGUGUUUGUACGCCUUCGAGUGCAAGAUUGAGCGAGGCGAGGACCCGCCCCCAGACAUCUUCAACACAGACACCAAAAAGAACCAGGCAAAGAUCCAGCCUCCCAGCCCAGCUGGUUCUGGAUCCCUGCAAGGGCCCCAAACUCCUCAGUCCACCAGUAGUUCGAUGGCGGAGGGGGGAGACCUGAAGCCCCCCACUCCGGCGUCCACUCCACACACACAAAUGCCUCCAAUGCCUGGCGUCAGGAGUAGCGUGAAUUUACAAGACCCUUUUGCUGAUGGUGGCGACCCAGCAUUUUCCAGAAGAAACGCCAUGACUCCCAACUCUCAGGGUUACCAGCCUGGGAUGGGCGGCCCAGAGAUGAUGGGGCGAAUGGGUCCCUACGAGUCCAACAAGGACCCCUUCGGUGGCAUGAGGAAAGCUGGAGAGCAGUUCAUGUCGCCUGGACCCAACAGUGGGAUGGGAGAGCAGUAUAACAGAGGCCCACCAGGCCCCAUGGGCAACAUGCAGAUGGGCCAGAGGCAACAGUACGCAUACGGAUAUGACCGAAGACAGGAGCCAGGCAUGGGCCCUGAUGGCAGCAUGGGACCAGGAGCUCCUCAGCCCAACAUGAUGCCUUCUGGAGCCGACACAGGGAUGUAUUCACCCAGCCGCCCUCCACCACAGCAACGGCAUGAGUCCUAUACCAAUCAGUACCCUGGCCAAGGGGCUCCCCCUGGUGGCCCAUACCCAAAUCAACAGCCAGGAAUGUAUCCACAGCAACAACCGAACUACAAGCGUCCUGUAGACGGAGGGUAUGGACCUCCUGCCAAGCGACAUGAGGGUGAAAUGUACAGUGUCCCCUACAGUGGUCAGCAGCAGCCAGGGCCACAACCAUCGGGGCCCCAGGGCCAACAGGACAUGUAUAACCAGUAUAAUGCGUAUCCUGGAGGUGAACGAAGACCACCAGGGCCACAGAGCCAGUUCCCCUUCCCCUUUGGUCGGGAAAGAGGACCAUCAUCUGCAGGCCCCAACUCUCAGUCUCCAAUGCCUCCCCAGAUGAUGACGAGUCCCAUGCCUUCAGGUCCCGAUGGCCCCCAAGGACCAAUGUGGCAGGGUCGCACUGAGAUGGGAUACCCUAACUAUCCCAACCGACAGGGACCUCCUGUACCUGGCCAGGGCCCCGGCUACCAUGGCAUGAACCGCUCGGAGGAGAUGAUGCCAUCAGACCAACGCAUGAACCACGAGGGCCAGUGGCCUGGACACGUAAACCAGCGGCAGCCACCAUUUGGCCCUGGAGGUUCUGGACCUCCCAUGACCAGACCCCUGCCAUCCACCUACCAGACUUCCCAGAACCACAUUCCUCAAGUGUCAAGUCCAGCGCCCAUGCCCCGGGCAAUGGAAAGCAGGACAUCACCCAGCAAGUCCCCUUACAUGCAUCCGGGCAUUAAGGUGCAGAAAGCCGGACCUCCAGUACCUGCCUCCCACAUUGGCCAGGCCCCCGUACAGCAACCCAUGAUCAGGCGGGACGUGGCCUUCCCUCCAGGCUCUAUUGAGGCCUCCCAACCUCACCUUAAACCCCGCAGGCGGCUCACCAUAAAAGACAUAGGCACUCCUGAGGCUUGGAGAGUGAUGAUGUCACUUAAGUCAGGCUUACUAGCUGAAAGCACAUGGGCCUUGGACACCAUUAACAUUCUGUUGUAUGAUGACAACAGCAUUUCUACAUUUAACUUGUGCUCGCUUCCUGGAUUCCUGGAGUUGGUGGUUGAGUACUUUAGACGCUGCCUCAUCGAGAUCUUCGGCAUCUUAAAGGAGUACGAAGUAGGGGACCCCGGCCAGCGCACCCUCAUAGACCCCAAUGCUGCGGAGGACUCUGAUGAUGAAAUCCCCAUGUCAGAGGGUGAGGACAUGGACACGGAUGAAGAAGACGAAGAGGAUGAGGAGGUAAAGGAAUCAAAGGCCAACCCUGACACCUCCUCACCAGUCCAGGUGAAACUGGAGGAGGAGAGCUCCCAGAAAGACAAGUCUUCAGAGGACGAGGAGGAGGAGAAGGAAAGGAAGCCUUCUAUCAAGGAACCCAGUACCUCUACCUCAGGGUCCUCCGUGGACCCCAACCUCCACUCGGAAAAGCCCAAGCAGGCUAGCAAGUUUGAUAAACUCCCCAUCAAGGUCGUUCGGAAGAAAAAUCCCUUCCUGCUGAACCACUCAUCCAAGCUUGGGCAGCGGCAGAGCUUUGACAGCGGCUUGAUACACUGGAGUAUUGGUGGGGGGGACACUACCGAACACAUCCAGACCCACUUUGAGAGUAGGAUGGAACUCCUCAAGCAACGGAAACACUUGCAAACAGCUGAUAGCCGUAAGAAGGUACAGCUUCUAGAGAUGGCAACAGAAAAUCCUGAGAAAUCCAAGUCCAAUGAGGAAGAUAAACCUCGGCAGCAGCCAACCCAGUCCUCUGAACCUCAGAAGUCUCUAGCAGAGAAGACCACUCCUCCACUUCCGAUUCCAGUCACUGCCACCAUUGAUGAUGUACUAUCUGCCCGUCCGGGGUCGGUCACAGAGGAAGUAGUUCGUGGAGGUGUAGAGGAGCAGAAAGAAAACGGCAAGUACCUGUUCAGCAUCAACCCGGACUUCCAGAGCCGCCGUAACGUGAAGAUCCUGGAGGACGAGCCUCACAGCAAAGAUGAGACGCCACUCAGCACUCUGUCGGACUGGCAGGACUCGCUAGCUCGGCGCUGCAUCUGCAUCUCCAACAUAGUGCGCAGUCUGUCCUUCGUCCCAGGUAACGAUUUGGAGAUGUCAAAACACCCAGGCCUCCUGCUGCUGCUGGGCCGCCUGGUGCUGCUCCACCACAGGCACCCCGAACGCAAACAAGCACCGGUCACCUACGAGAAGGAGGAGGAGGUAGAUGAGGGUGUGAGCUGCGAGAGAGACGAGUGGUGGUGGGACUGCCUCGAGGUGUUAAGGGAGAACUGUUUGGUCACUCUUGCAAACAUCUCAGGACAGCUGGACCUUUCUAUCUACCCAGAGAGUAUAUGCCUGCCGCUGCUGGAUGGCCUGCUCCAUUGGGCUGUCUGCCCCUCAGCAGAGGCCCUGGACCCUUUCCCCACGCUGGGGCCCCACGGCUCACUUUCCCCCCAGAGACUGGUUCUCGAGACCCUCAGCAAGCUCAGCAUCCAGGACAACAACGUUGACCUCAUUCUCGCAACACCGCCGUUCAGCCGCUUAGAGAAACUCUACGGCUCACUGGUGCGUCUGGUCGGUGAGCGCAAGGUGGCCGUCUGCCGGGAAAUGGCGGUCGUCCUGUUGGCGAAUCUUGCCCAGGGUGACAGCAUGGCUGCUCGGGCUAUUGCUGUGCAGAAAGCCAGCGUAGGUAACCUGCUGGGCUUCUUGGAGGACAGCCUAGCUGCCACGCAGUACCAGCAGAGCCAGAGCUCCUUGCUACAAAUGCAGGGCGCGCCCCAGUUUGAGCCCACCAGCGUGGACAUGAUGCGGCGGGCGGCCCGAGCCCUGCACGCCCUUGCGAAAGUAGAGGAAAACCACUCGGAGUUCACGUUGUACGAGUCGCGACUACUGGACAUCUCAGUGUCCCCACUUAUGAACUCUCUGGUGUCCCAAGUGAUCUGUGACGUACUAUUUCUGAUUGGCCAGUCAUGA